GCCGCGUUCGCGCGGCGAUCUGGGGGCAUGGGGGCCCAGCGCACGUCGGGCGACCCCGUGAAUGCGGGAGACCCCGAGGGGGGGGGGUGCGGGGACGGGCAGAAGCAGCAGCAGGAUGAGGUGGCGGAGAAGUUUGUAAUUUUGUCCCUGGGGUUGGCACUUCCCUGCCAGUCUACCUGGGGGAUCCUGCUCGAGUUCGCGCUGGCGCGUGGUGCGCGCGAGGGCGAGCUGCCCGCUGAAGAGGACGAGGACUGGCUCGCCGAGAGCCCCGGCCGCGGGCCGAGCCCCGAGCAGGGCGACGGCCAAGCCCUCGUGCCUCUCGAGCUGGCGCCAGCGCAGGCCCAGCCAGGGGCGCCGGUUGCACCUGCUGCUGGCGGCGUUGGCGAGGCACCAUUGCAGGGCUCGCUGGCCAGCCUGGCGCUGGCGAUGGUGGAGGGGCGUUAUCUCGACGGUGGCGUCGUCGCGCUGGCGACGGCCACGUCGUUGGCGGAUCGCCUCGGCAUUGAGACAAUGGGCUUGCCUAUCGAUGGCCUUGUGGACGCGCGGUUCCCGAGGCAGGCAUCGUAUCUGCGCGCGAUGCCUGGCAACCCUCCCAAGGCGCCGCGCGAUGCCGCUGGUGCCCGCGCUGAUGCCGAUCAGCUGCGGGGCGUCGACCACCCCUUUGCUGGGGCCGACGGCGUCGGUGAAGGGCCGCCCGCGCCAUCGGCCGACGCCCGGGGCGAUGGGGGCGGAGCAGACCUGGGCGCCGCGACUGACGCCGACGCCGUUGAGUUGCUGAGCGACGCGUGCCCGUGCAUAUUCAAUUCCGCAGCGUGGUGUCUGCUGCAGGUCCGCACGGAGAUGGUUGCGCUGAAGGUCUACCGCGCGUUGUCGAGAAUGGGCGCGGUUGCUUCUCAUCUCGUCCACAGGGCCAAUUGGAAUUGGCCGAUGCCCUUGCUGUAUUCCCUGAAGGGUGCAAGCGCAGCGUGUGCCUCGGGGGAGACCAGGAGCUGCGUUCUGGGCGCUUGCGCGGAGAACUGCUGCAAGUUUUACGCGGGGCGAUUAGAUUCGCCAGAAGCCGCGAACGAGCUGAAGGGCGCCCUUGCCAUGGCCGACGUGGGCGCCGCCGACGCGGAGCGGGUUCGCUCGGUGAAUCAGAGGGGUGCUCGCUUCAGGGUUUGGACCCGCGUUGAGACCGUGGAGGAGGUGAGCACCAGUUUCACGUCGUGUCCGGCUGGUGAUUUCGACGUCGGCGCAGGGCCCUGCCCCGCCGACCUUCAGAGACGCCCUGCCCAGAAGCGGAGGCGCCGGGCGUGCGACCCGCGUCGCGGGUACAACGGUCUCCAGCACAUGUGGCGUGCGCUUGUGCACGUGAACGGCGCGGGGUGCAACCUGCUCUCGGCCUGGAGCCGAUGUGUGACCAGGGAGGGCAAUCGGCAGGCGAUGGUGGACCUCAGAGGGGGGGCGCGCGCGCGAUCCGCUUGGCCGGCGAAGUGCGCGAGGCUGCCCGUGCGUCCGAAGUCCAGCCAGGCGGCUCAGGACAGCAGCGCGUUCUCCGUCGUGGAUCGGGCCGCUGCCCCUGUCGGCGACAUCGGGGCCCAGGUCGACACUAGCACUGGCGCGGUUCUGAGAUGUCGCAGGCGCGCGCUCAGCGUGGCGUCGGGCGCCGACAGGAUCUUGGGUGACGUCGGCGGCGGGUCGGCGCCGCAGCGGGCGUCUGCGCAGGAGGCCUGCGCCCACGAGGGCGACGGCGAGGGGCUGCGGCUGAUCGAGGCGCGCAUCAGGGCCGCGUUCGCCUCCUUGCGCAGCGCGCGCCCCGACAAGGGAGCGAAGGCCGCGGCGCGCAACCGCUGUAAUCCUACGCGCGAUCGAGCCCAGCGGGCCGACCUCCGCGAGGUCGCCAGACGCGGCGAGCACGCGUCCGUUGGAGUCCAGGCCCCCCGGCGCCGCGCCAGGGUCGCCACCGCCGCGGCGGGCCGCUUCGGGAGACCAGGGACUUCGCAGUCGAGAUCGGCGCAGUCGGUGGCCGAGUCUGGCGGCGGUAGAGCCAGCAGCCGGGGCCCGCCUGGCUCCGCUGAGAAGGCGCGCUUCGACGGGUGCACGCCCGACCUGGUGAUCAACGGAAUCUUGGUCGAGGCGGCGAGCGCUUUGUCGACAAACCUCGCCAGCAUGGAGUGGAACCAGGUCAUCGCUCACCUGAAGGAGCUCUCGGUGCAUGAGGUGGAGGUGUUCGGCAAGAUCCUCGCGGGGGCGUUCGAGCAGGUCCCCGACGGCGCUCCUAGCGAGAUCGAGAUCUUCAAGCAGCACGUCGAGGCGAUGGGCAUGUUACUGCUCCAUUUGCCGAACGACGACCCCAUGAGCUUUUCGGACUGCGCGCCCUGCAUGUCUAUGAUGAUUUCUUUCCUCGCAGGCGCCGCCGACGCUCCCGAGUGGCACCCGUUGGCAGAGGUGCUGGGCCACGGGGGGCGCUGGUUUGAUUUCAGGGCGAGCUUCAGGGUGGGGGGCCCCGCCGACGUCCAGGAGGUCGAGGCUUGGAGAAAGACGUGCCGCGGGGCAUCGAGCUCGACGCGCGUCGUAGAGGUUGCCAUUGAGUGCAAGCUUCGCUCGUUCAUGGACAGCAUCCUGAGGGCCAGUGCGAACGCAGUGGGCAUGGAAGUCGGGGACGUGCUGCUCGAGGUGGUGGACAACUUCUCACGCGUCAAGGGGUGCGAGCCAGACGCCCCCGACGACCCCCCGUUUGACGACGACCAUAGGGAUCCCGUGAGCCACGCUGAGCACGCGAUGAAGUGCGCGAUCGAGACCAGCUUCAAUAAUGUCAUCGACAGGUACGUCGCGGCGGAGAACAAGGGCGAGCCGUUCCAGGCGAUCGAGACUUUCGUGGAGGAGAAAAAGCACUUGCAGUUGCCAUCCGGAGAGGACAGCACCCCCAUUCUGAGGGCCACCUGCCACGUCAUGGACAACAUCGAGCUCUUGGUGAAGGCCGGCGUGCAGCUCGAGCAGGUGGGCACCAUCGGCCCGAUGGUCGCGGACGCGAUCGACCAGCGCUGGGUCGCUAUGCAGAUGGUGUUCAUCGUCGUGCCCACAGACUCGAACAAGGCCUCCCUCGCCGCCGUGGCCGCGCGACUUGCAGACGUCUUCGCCCGCGUGGGGGUCGCGAAGCAAGUGUGCGAGUUCUACGAGACGAGCGACGCGGACAGCAACGAGCUUCGCAAAGCUUGGGAACGGUUGGGGUCUGCCCUCCUGGGUCCUCCCGCAACUGAGUCGAGCGCUGAGCUGCGCGCGGAGGCCUUGGGUGAGCCUGUCUGCUCCUCGCGGGGGGUCUUCUCGCCCACGUGCGCUAAGCUGGCCGAGGUUGCAGCGGAGUUCUCAGACGAGUACAGGAAUUCCACGUUCGAUGGGUUCCUGGACCGCGGGAGGGCGUUGCGCGCCACCCUGCGGAAGCUCGCGGGCGGCGUGCUGAACGGAUCGUACUUCCUGGGCGCGUUCACGGGCGAUCUCGGGAACUACGACGAGACGAUGAAGUUUGCGCUGGCCACGAUGUUCAGGCAGUCGGGCAUCAUAUCGCGACUCAAGAGCUCCCAUCGCGAGAUGGCGAUCCACCUCGGCGAGGUGACCGAGCAGGCCAAGCAACUUGCCAUUCCUGCCGUGAAGUGGAAGGAGUACAAGGACGAGUGGGAUCGCACCUUCGCGGUCGGAAACAUCGCGAUGACGGCUGCGAGCUUGGCCCAGAACCUCGAGGGCGGCAAAUCAGACGAGGUGGCCCGCGAGAACCUCUCCAGCGCAGCGUC